UACGACUAUUGCAUUAAAAAAAAAAAAAAAGGAAAAACCCUAACAGCCACUGUUCAUCUCCGCAUGACAUCACUCCAUACGUAUCAUCGAAUACCAACAUCCCACGUGCCCUAAUCACUCAACCCGUGUUUUUUACCCUUCAAGCCUCCAAUUUUAUAGGGUCCCACUCUCUCCAACUUUCGCCUCUCUCUCUCUCUCUCUCUCCCUAUUAUAUAAACCAACGCUUCUCUUAUAACCAAAUCUUGUGUUUUAUUUUUAUUCGAGCGGAUUCGUUUACCAUGUGUCCGACCGAGAGAAACUUAAGUCGGCCGGAGAAGACCAGUUCCGGGCCAAAUUUCAGGUCGGCAUUUGAAGUUCUGGACGCAGAUCGUGACGGGAAGAUCAGUAGAGAAGAUUUGCGGAGAUUUUACGCUGGGUUUUCUAAUGGUAAUACCGGUUUCGAUGAUGACGAAAUCAUUGGGACAAUGAUUUCUUUGGCGGAUUCGAACAGGGAUGGGUUCGUCGAUUACGAGGAGUUCGAGCGAGUUCUGGGAGGGUCGAAAAAGAUGGCUUCGGGUUUUGGGGUGGUGGAAGAUGUUUUCAAGGUUAUGGACAAGGAUGGAGAUGGGAGAUUGAGCCAUGAUGAUUUGAAAAGUUACAUGAAUUGGGCUGGGUUUUCUGCUUCCGAUGAAGAUAUUAAGGCUAUGAUCAGACUAGCUGGUGAUGAUGAAAAAGGUGUUUCUUUUGAUGGUUUGCUUAAGAUUUUGGCUGUUUGAUUUUGCUGGGUAAUUAAUUAAUUAAGCUUAUAUUUUAGUCCUUUUUGGGCAAUUUUUUUGUUGUGUUUUGAUUGAAAAUGAUGGAUCAAAUCAAUAAUUGUUGAAAAAACUAUGGAACUUUCUUGUCUCAUUCCUCUCUUCUGCAACAAGGAAAUCAUUUUUAUAACGCA